AUGACUAAAAUUGCUGAGCAGUGUGGCAGAGAUGAACCAUUUGAUAUCUAUGCAUAUUUUAAACGAUUCACAAUGGACACCAUUUGGUCAUGUGGUUUUGGUCUCGAUACUGACAUGCAAAAUAAUGUCAAUGAUCCGUAUCUUCUCCAUUCACAACAAUUUUUUUUACCUGAUAAGAUUCGUCAAUCCAUAUUUGUUUUGAAUCGUUUGAUAGAAGAAUUGAGCAAAGUGUGGGUAAGUAUAUUUCUAUCACUUGGCAUUAUUCGCUAUUGGCUUCGGCGGUAUAUUCCCGUGACAAAGUGGCUUAUCAACGAAAAUCCCGCUACAUGGGUUAUGAAACAAGCCAAUGAAAUGAUUGAAAAACGUAAACAAAUUGGUCAUACUCAUCGAACAGAUUUAUUGCAGUUGAUGCUCGAUUCCAUAUCUGAUGAAGAUUUCAUUCGCGUAAGAUUCGCUUUCAGACUGCUUUCAAUAUUAUCAUCAUGGGUAGUUUCGUAA